AUGUGUAAUAAUUUGUUAGUAGGGAAGAAAAUAGUUGAAGGAAAGACUAACAAUAAGAAGGUUGUUGGUGUUGUUGUUCCAGGGAUUAUAGUGUUUGGAGAUUCAUCAGUAGAUUCAGGUAACAACAACCACAUUUCAACUAUUUUAAAAAGUGAUUUUUCACCAUAUGGUCGUGAUUUUGAAGGAGGAAAAGCCACUGGAAGAUUCUCCAAUGGCAAAAUUGUUACUGAUUUUAUUUCUGAAGCUUUUGGGAUCAAACCCACAAUCCCAGCUUAUUUGGAUCCUUCUUAUAAUAUCACUCAUUUUGCUUCUGGUGUUUCCUUUGCUUCUGCUGGUACUGGCUAUGAUAAUGCCACUUCUGAUGUUUUUUCAGUGAUCCCUCUAUGGAAAGAACUCCAAUAUUACAAAGAAUAUCAAAAGAAAUUGAGAGACUAUCUUGGCCCAUCAAAAGCCAACCACACCAUUUCCCAAUUCCUUUAUCUCAUAAGCUUAGGCACAAAUGACUUCCUAGAAAACUAUUUCCUCCUCCCUCAAAGAUCCUCUCAGUUUUCCCUCCAAGAGUACCAAAAUUUUCUUGGUAGAGCUGCGGAAGGGUUUGUUCGGGAGCUCUAUGCGGUAGGAGCUCGUAAGAUGUCGAUCGGGGGGCUCCCUCCGAUGGGGUGCUUACCAUUGGAGAGGAGCUCAAGGUUGGUUUUUGGAGGGGGUGGUGAGUGUGUUGAGAAGUACAAUAGAGUUGCAAUGGAUUUUAAUGCCAAAUUGAUGGGGUUAGUAGAAAUGAUGAAUAAGGAACUGAAAGGGAUUCAGAUUGUGUUUUCCAAUCCAUAUGAUGUUGUUUAUGAUAUGAUUCUCCAUCCUAGCUACUAUGGGUUUAGUAAUUCAGGAAGAGCAUGUUGUGGAACAGGUAGAUUUGAGAUGGGUUUCAUGUGCUCAAAAAUGAAUCCAUUUACAUGUUCUGAUGCCAACAAAUAUGUUUUCUGGGAUGCUUUUCAUCCCACACAAAAAGCUAAUUCCAUUAUAGCUAAUCACAUUCUCCACACUUAUCUUUCUGUCUUUCUUCCAUAA